AGGCCAACGCUGUCAGUAGAUGGAAUGUGUUUUGAAUGUCGUUAAACAAUUAAUUCCUGAAAAUCAAAGAACAUAAUGUAGUAGGUAGUUAUUAAAACUACUAUUUGAAUUUAAAUCGUUAUAAUGGCAGGGUCUAAAAACGUGCUAGAAUUCACGAGGGAAGACGAUUUUGUUGAAUAUUAUUUAUUUCCUAUAAUUGAUACAAUCGAGAAAAAAGAGCAAGAAGUAAUACUAAGAAGCAUUUUAUUGGAAGCCAACAAAGUUAUAGAGAAGUAUACCAAGGACUACCUAUGGCACAAAGACGAGUUCAAGUUAGCCCCCAGAACUUCUAUCUACAACAGUCUGAUUCAUAUAGAUGGCAAGGAAGAAUAUCUCCCUCCUCACUUGUAUGGGGUGUCACACUAUGGGGACAAUGUUGAAGAUGAGUGGUUCAUGGUGUUUAUUCUGCAACAAUUGACUAAGGAGAUCAAAGGCUUGAUUGCCAGGGCUUAUGAUGUUGACGGAGAGUUUCUUCUGAUUGAAGCAGCAAAUGUUUUGCCCAGGUGGGCUAGUCCAGAAACUUGUGAGAAUAGGGUAUAUAUCUAUAAUGGAUGUAUCCAUUUAGUUCCUCCAACUUCUGAUGAAAAUCCUACAAUAUCUGUAAUGGAAGCUCUUUCAGAAAUACGUUCUCAUUCCGCAGAAACUAUAGCCUCUACUGAAAUACAGACUGCCAUCCAGGAAAAAUUAAAAGGUUAUCCAGAAAAAACAAAAGACAAUCUCCACAGAGCCAAAGCCUACCUUCCUGUCUCAAUAGCUGCCAUUUUAAAAAAGAAACCGAACCUCAUCGCUCCCGCGGCGCAAGCAUUUUGCAACAGAGACACUGUUGACAUGAAGGCAUGCAGAGCAAUGAAGUAUUUUCCACCAGAAGAUAGAGUCAUGACUAGGGUCACCUUUACAAAGUGUUUGUAUGCUAUGUUGACACACAGUAAAUAUAUGCCAGACAGAAGGACUGGUUGGAAUUUGCCUUCACGGAGUGCGACGGUCUACAAGGCACAUCUUUUAGGAGUCAAGAUUGCAUGCGGUUUUGAAAUACUAGCUUCUCAAGCAAAGCCUAGCAGCGACAUCGAAUCAGACAAAGGGUGGCAUGCAUAUUUAAACAGCCUCAAAGAUAAAGGAUAUUUCAAACAUCUCUUAGAACAUUCUGUGGAAUAUAACAAUCUAUUGAAUAAAGCUAAAGAGUAUUAUUCAAAUCAUCGUGACACGAUGCAUUACAGCCCCGCCAUAGGCCGAGACAUUUUGGAAUUAUUGAGGAGUCGAGAUUUAAAUAUGGAAGAGUUGAAAAAUGAAGAAAACUCUCUCCCUGAAGACGAUGACGACUCCUGGCUUGACAUAAGCCCUGAAGAGUUGGACAAAAUGUUGCAGGAGAGAUAUGGCCAAAAGAAGACGUUUAACUUGAACAAUAACGCUGAUGCUACAAGUUUUACUGAAAAAGUUUCCAAAUUUUUGAACCAUGUUUCGGAAAUUGAAGGUGCCGAAUUUCCGGACAACAGUGUUGAAUCAUCACCCAUAAGACCUCCAAGAAGAAAUGGCAAAGUAUCUUUCACUGAAAGUGCCAGGGCUGACGCCAAAUCAAGCAAUAAAAUAAACUUUGACGCAAACAAUUUUUCAUGCACCGUCCAGAAUAUUUUGAAUUUCGUCAUACCCGAAGACGAUUCAUGGGAUUUGGAUUCCGACGAUACUAUGAGUGACUACGAAAAUGACGAGUACAUAAAGAAUCAAUCUUACGAGGAGGGAAAGUCUAAAAUGGAAGCGUAUAUGGAACAGAUGGAUAGGGAACUCGCAUCUACCACUAUAGGCCAGAGCUUUGAAAAGAAACAGGAAGAAUCCUUCGAGGAUAUUGAAAGCUUCACGCCCGUCGAUAUAGACGUAAACGCAUUGAAAAACAUACUGGAGAGUUACAAAUCCCAGAUGGGUGAAGCUGGGCCUUCUAGUACCAUGCUGGGUCCUAUGGGAGUUCAUUUAGAUCCCAAGGGACAAAUGGAUCUGGAAUAGGAAGUCGUCGGGUUCACUGAGACUAGGUUUGGUCCGAGGGGAUUUACAAAAAGCUUUUGCGGUUUAUGGAAAAAUAAUGUCACAAGUACCUUUACAAAAUGUUCUAAAGGUCUACCCUAAGAGAUGCAUGCCCCUAAAGAAUCCCACUGUAAAUCGAUUCUUCUCAAAUAACUUUAGAACGGCACUGGAGAAUUUAUGGAAAUCCUGACAGCUUAGUAACCAAUUGGAGCCUUACUUGAUGGUGUUCAUGGAAAAAAGUUAACUCAUUUGGAAAACCAGGGAUGGACUAGCCCUCACGCAAUAGUUGACAUUGUUAUACCCUGAUUAAUAAUAACACACAAAAUAAUAUUUUUGAAAACCCUGUCGCUUUAUCCGAAAACAUGUAUUGUUUGAUUUUUAUAAAAUCCGCGUUUUUCCUCUUCUUUCAACGAAUUCGGAUAGAUUAGAGCAUAUAUGUUUACAUUGCAUUGCGAUCUAACUGCGUAAAUAGUUUUCCAUGGGCACCAAUAUGUGAGGCCCCAACUAGUUACUAAGCUGUCUUCAGUGUCGCCUAAGAGCCCUUUCAGACGAGGAUACCGUAUGCGAGAUACAGUAUCCGAGAUACAGAAUUACGACCGGAUACUUUUUUACUUCUGUAUCGCAUACCGCCUUGUUAUACGCAAAACAGACGCAGUGUAGUGCAGUUGUAAUUAUGGAAAUAGAAGAGUGUAUCGCGGUGUGGUAUUUAUUAAAUAAUAAGAAGAAGAAACUAAAAAGGAGACGUAGUUUGUGGGUUCAUCCCAUGUUGGGAUUAAGAGAAAGCAAAGGAACGUAUAAUUUAUUACAUGAAGAUUUGUUGCAAGAUCCAUCGAAGUUUUUCAAUUAUUAUCGAAUGUCUAUUCAGUCCUUUGAGAAACUUCAUAAUAUUUUGGAAAACAAACUAAUUAAAAAGGACACAACUAUGCGUAGAAGUAUUUCGUCAAAAGAACGACUAUCUAUGACAUUAAGGUAAGGAAAAAAUACUUAUAGAUGUUUUUUUUCUAAAUCUAUUUGUAUUUAAAGUAGUACAAGAAAAAUAAUAAUUAAUUAUCAGCUCCACAAUUUUGGUCUUAGCCUUGGUAAUCAACAAGAAGAUCGAUGAUGGAUCCGUCUGUUGAGGUGGCAGUUGAUUCAACGGAAUGGGGUGAGAGGAUGGGAACAGUGUCUGUUAUUUCAUUGGAUGAACAUUGUAACUCAAUGAAUGAAGUGUUGGAUGACGAAUGGGGAGAUAAAUGAGAAUGAGUGGAAGAAGGAUGACCAUAAACGUGCACUUGUGAAGAUGAUGACUUAUGAAUAGGAAGAUGUUGUGUAGAAGGGGGAUUAGGAGCGGAUGGAUAAAACGGCAAAUGUUGUACAUGGUUGUAAUUAAAUGCAGAUUGAGUGGGUAAUAGGGCAGAUUUUAUCGAUUGUAUCAUUGCCAAUUUCACAUCCAUCUUUUUGUCAAUUGGCACUCUUCUAAAGUCCGGCAGUAGCGAAAGAAGGAAAUGUCGGUCUCCGUCAUUGUCUAGCAUAAUAUCGUUUGUUUGUCGCUGUGCAAGAUUUGCCUUUAAUAGGCCCACUAUCUCAGUGUUAUGGUCGGUUUCCGAUGCCACUUUCCUUUUUUUCUGUACAUGUAUAGGCCUUAAAGGAGUAACAUACUCAUUUUGUUCAUGAUCCGAAGCUUCUUCGAUUGUAUGAUUUUCCUCUGUAAAAUUUGAAGUGGUCCUAAAACAAAUCUAUUAAUUUAGUAGUUCAUAUUUUGACAAGUUAAAUUUUCUUACUCUCUAUUUGAAGAGCAUCGCAUCAAAAAAGAUAGCUGUUCAAAAAAUAUAUAAGUUUUCCAAGAAGCUCCGUCACCACUUUUUUUCUUUUUUCUUUUCGCCAACUCUCGAGCAAAAGAAUUUCUUAAAUUCUUCCAUUUUUUUUUGAAGAUCUUUCCCUGAAAAAUUCAACAAGUUUUUUUUAAUUAUUUUCAGGUACCUGGCGACUGGUUGCUCCCUUACUGAGCUACAUUAUACCUACAGAGUUGGAAUUUCAACAGCGAGCGAAAUAAUUCAGGAAACAUGCAAGCUAAUUUGGAUAUUUAUGAAAGAACAAUGUAUACCAAAGCCCACACGAGAAAAAUGGUUAGAAAUCGCAGACGGUUUUUUGAAAAAUGCAAAUUAUCCACACUGUUUAGGUGCCAUAGACGGAAAACAUAUCCGGGUUAUAAAACCACAACAUAGUGGUUCUCUUUAUUUUAACUAUAAACAUUUUUUUUUCAAUACAACUACUGGCGAUGUGUGACGCGAAUUAUUGCUUCACAUUUGUAGAUAUUGGAGAUUAUGGGAAAAACAGUGAUUCAAGCAUUUUUACGAAUUCACAUUUUUAUAAGAACUUAAGCUCAAAAAAGCUAGAUCUUCCCAAUCCAGAUUUUUUGCCACAAAAGAAUGAUUACAAAAUCCCAUAUGUUAUUGUUGGAGACGAAGCAUUUGAUUUAUCCUUCAAUGUUAUGAGGCCAUAUGGUGGAAAAAAUCUGACAUUAAAAAAGAGAAUACAUAAUUACCGGUUAACUCGAGCACGAAGAUAUAUUGAGUGUACUUUUGGAAUACUUUCUAACAAGUGGAGAAUAUUUCACAGACCACUCAACGUGUCAAUAGAUUUUGCUGUUGACAUAGUUAAAGCUUGUACUGUACUCCAUAAUUUUGUUCGUGUACUAGAUGGAUAUAAACAUGAAGAUGCCUUAUCCGUCCAAGGAUUUUAUGAUGCUAAUGUUGCAAAAACAGGAGCGUGUUCUGCAAGAUCAGCGACUGCUAUUCGUGACUAUUUUGCUGACUAUUUCAUGAAUACUGAUAUAUUACCAUGGCAGAAUAGUUGUAUCAUGUGAACUAGUGCUGUUGAAAUUUUGAAAUUUAUUUUUAUUCCUAAUAUUUCUGAAAUAUUCGUUUCUUAUGUCUAAAUUAGAUUGUGUUUUAGUUUUAACUAAAAUAUAGUAAAAUCUAUCUAUAGGAACUAAGUAUUUUUGGGACAAUAAAUUUUAAUGAUAAUACUCCCAUAUGUAAACUUUUUAGCCUGCACUACUUACUUAUAAUAGUCUAAUAUGUAUUUAAAAUAAAAUUAUGUUUAAUGUCUUACCAUAUUCAUUCUGUUGUGCUGCUGUCAUCUCCUCAAAAUUGUCGCACAUUUGUUUGGCAAUUUCCACCCAGCGUUGCUGUUUCUUAUUUCUAUCGCAAUAAUCUGGGUGCGCUGUAUCCCAUAAACAGGGAUUUGGUUCCACCAAACUUAUAAACUUUUCAUUAUCAAAGACUGCACGUUCCAUUUCUAUAUACAUAUACGUAUUACAUUAACGUCCAAUUAAAUUCUUAACCUCAUUUACUACUAACAUAAGAAAAACCCAACGACUAUGUUCUACCGUAUUCACUGAUGAAAAAGUAUGCGUGUCUGAACAGCUCCGUAUAAUAUAAUGAUAAUUCUGUAUGCGGCAUACGCAUUCUGUCGCCGGCGGCCGAAAGAUGAGCGAUACCGAAAUUUGCGUUCGGGAUACUGAAUGCGUCGCUAGUGCUGUUUGAAAGGUUCGAUUUGGGUGUAUGGAAUAUCUGUAUCUCGGAUACGCGUAUCUCGCAUACGGUAUCCUCGUCUGAAAGGGCUCUUACGCAUUCUGUCGCCGGCGGCUGCACAAUGCAUGAUACAGAAAUUUGGUAUCGCAAUACUGAACGCGUUGACAGCGCUGUGUGAAAAGUCCAAUUUGUUUGUAUGUAAUAUCUGUAUCUCGCAUGCAGUAUCUUCGUCUGAAGCGCUCUAAAAGUUAUUUGAGAAAGAAUGAUUUACAAUAGCGACCUUCAGUGGCCUGUAUCCUCGAAUGGGCAGCAAAUUUUUUUAUAGAUUCUUGAGCCAUUGUUUUUUGUUUCAUAUGCAUACAACAGACUGACAUAAUAGUCUGGGACACCCUGUAUGUAAUCACAUUAUGACAUAGGUUGCGGUAUUGCCUUACUUUGACAUUUGAUUCAUAACUUAUCCGUCAAAACGCACUAUACACGAUGUUCGUUUAUCAUAUGUUAAUAUUUAAGGAGGUGAUUCUUGUACCUAUUUUAGGAAAGAAAAAUCAUAUGAACAUUCAUGUCAAAAACGUAUUAACCUUUGAGAUACAGUUUUCAGAAAAAAAUCUGUGUUUUAUAAUACCUGUGAUACUAUUGUAGAUAUGUUUCUGAAAUUUUGUACACACCUGCUAGGCAUCAAAGUACAUUUUCUUAUGUACGAACAAUUUUAUUAUUCCUAACAGUGGCGUCCGUACGGGUUUUGCAUUAAACAUUAUGGGGAAAAAUAGUACGCCACAGCUUUUUCUUCGAAUAAAAACGAUUCAUUUAUAAGCAAAUUUGAUAUCUUGAUCUUGAUGGUUUUCGCUUAAAAAAAUAAAAGUCGUCAUACUUCAAGGUUAAAUCGCUAAAAACCUGAUACGGUGACUGCUGAAAUGAUUAAAUUUGUUCAAAAAUCAAUGAGAUUUCCAAGAAAUACUUUUUUCUUAUUUGGUGUACCGCUCCUGAGACUAAACGAACUCAGCAGCUUAGAAAAGGGAAAAACAAUUUCCGCACAGCAGUCAUCAUUUACCUCAUCAGAUUUUUAGCGACUUGACCCCGAAGUAGUGAUUUUAUUUUUUUUUAAUUCGAUACCAAACCCUUACGGACGCCACUAGUAGAAAUGAAAUCGUUUGUACAUCAGAAAAUGUAACUUGAUGCAUAGAAGAUGUGUACCAAAUUUCAUAGAAAAUCUACAAUAUCAGUUAUGAAACACAGUUUCUUUUUCUGAAAAUUUUACCACUCUGUAUCUCGGAUUUUAAGACAUUUAGGACAUAUACGUUCAUAUUUUUUUCUUAAAAUGGGUUCAAAAAUCAACUCCUUAAAUGUUAGCAUGUCAUUGUAUACCAUGGUCAUCGUGAUGAUUUCCCAUAAUUUAUAGGGAUGUGGUUGGCAUAAAAUUCCACAAAAUAUAUUCCUCAUUCUGUAAACUACCCCUUUGAAAUAGUUUUAUUAAUGCUGAUUUCCAUUUGACAUCUAGCAUCCAGAGACUAUGUUUCAGAACUCCUUUGUGUCAUGUUAAUUAUUAAAAUAACUAAUAAGCAAUCGUGACACUUGAAGAUAAGAAGGAAAGAGGAUAAAAUGAUAUAUUUUUAUCUGUCAUGUUUUCGAAAGAUCUCCUUAUAUUACCUCAGUUCAACUGCCUAGAAAAUUAGUUGCUGUUUAGAUCUUAUUCGUAGUCUCCAAGCAAAAAUUUCAGGGUAAGGUAUUGCAAAAUAUCUGAUCAUUUUUAAAAUGCUAGCGUAUAAGUUUGUGUUUAUUUUUUUUUAUUUUGGAAAGUGUCUUACUAUAAAAUUACCAUAAUGCAAAGUAACACAACAUUUGAAAUUUCAAUCAUUACUUAAUUCCCAUAUAUUAUCUCAUAGAAAAAUAAUAUCAGUAUUGAAUACCUAGUUUUUUUGUAUGGACUAUCCUAUUUCAGAUAAACAUUAUUGUUUUACAUGUUGUGUUUUUGCUGUAAUUUGUUCUAGUCUAU